AUGGCUACCAUACACAUCGGCACUCUUGUCUUUGCCUACCAAGUCGUCGACAGCGCGGGCCCUACCGACCUCCUCACGUCCGCACAAGGGUCCAUUCUCAAAGCCGUUCAACAGUAUGGACCAGUCGAUGAGGCAGUCAUAUCCAGAGCACCCGAAUUUCAAUUUCAUUACAUUGGUGUCAACAGAGACCCAGUACUGCUAGGAUCAAGCCAGUUGACGAUUGUGCCUUCAACCACGGUCGAUGAAUGCCCCGAAGUCGACAUCCUUCUCGUCCCCGGCCCGUAUCUCCACAACUUUGAACUACACCCGAAGCAAGCCGAAUAUAUCCGCAAGCAUGUGGCAGCGGGUAAGCUUCUAUGGACUACGUGUACGGGAUCUAGCCUUGCGGCAUCUACAGGUGUCCUGGACGGAAAGAGGGCAACUGUUAACAACGUCGAGUACUCCUGGGUUCGCAAACGCUGGCCAAAGGUGAACUGGACUAGAGAGAAGAAAUGGGUCAUUGAUGGAAAUGUUUGGACGUCUUCCGGGGCAUGUGCUGGGGUAGACAUGAUUGCGCAUUGGCUGAAGGAGAACUACGGGCUCGAUCUGCUCAUCCAGGCUAGCAACAGCCUUGAUUAUGAGCCUCGAGACGCUGAUGGUCUCUACACAAUCUUCCCCCAGAGGUACGACGCAGAAGGAAACAAGCUGUCUACUCAUGUCUACCGAUACUACGACGACGCAUAG